AUGCUCCCAAAAGCCAUUCAAAUUACUCCUUCAUAUAUCGUACCCAUUGACGCAGCACUCAUAUGGUUCGCUUGCAUCUAUGAAUUCUCACUUUCGAUCGGCGCUAUGCGUCAUAAGAACAACCUCUUACUCUUCGCUGUCUGCGUGAGUAAUGUUUUCGCCGUGGCUUUCGCCGCCAUGCAAUAUCCGUCUUUGAAGGGCUUUUGCAAAACCAUGCCUGAACAACGCGCCAUGUAUAAUGAACCCCUGGUGGACAUUACUAGAAACAUCUGGCCACAAAUCCGUGGCCCACAGCUUGCAAUUCCGAUCUUUAUUGGCAUUUUCACUCUUUCAAUCUGGUGGCAUGCCUUCCAACUACACAAACAAUAUGCCUGGUAUGCCUGGUCUAUCUACAGAAGUGUGCAAGGUGAUUCACGCAUAAGAGCCCGACAUCUCGCCUAUGAGGUCUAUGUCGUUCUUGUCAAAUUAGAUGCCUUUUUUGUUAUCUGCUUUAUUUUACAAUACGGCUUAAUCGAUGUCCACUUCAUCGAGCCGGAAUUCGGAUUGACUAUGUCAAUUCCACCAGCCCUGGUAUUCAUACUGAUUAUGGGAGUUUACGCUGUUCGCAAGGAGCACAAACCACUAAUGCUAUUAGUGAUUGUUUGCCAUUUUAUCCUCAUCGCCUACCUACUGUCCCGGAUCGUCGUACUGUAUGGAAACAGUAUUCUCGCCAUAACACCCACGAAAAAUAUGAUGCUUCUUUUCGCAUUUGCAUCCUUGAUCUUGACGAUUCUUUCCCUCGCAAGUGGGAUUCGAUGCUUCAUGAACUUUGGCUAUGGACUGAAGCCUAUUUUGGCUGGCAAAGUCCACUCGGUUCGUGCGUCUUAUGACUUCCACACUAUCUCUCGACACACUCCCAUGCCGGAUAAUAUUUCAAAUCGCCGGUUGUCCCUUUCUUAG